AUGACAUCCUCCAUUGUCGUCGUCAAGUCACUGUCAUCACUCCUCCUUCUCUUGUUACUACUACAACACCAUCAUGUUGUCCACGCCGAAUUCAACUACGAAGUGGAGAAACGUGUGGUGGAACGAAUUGACGAUUUCAUGAAUGGUCCUCGCACGGCCAAUGGCCUUACAGCCAAGUUUCGUCGGAAUUUUGGCUUUCCCAACAAUCUGCAAGCACUGGAUCGCGAUUACUACCUUCGAUUUGCCUACUCGUUACUACAAGAAUUCCACUUUGACAUGGUCUAUUUGGGUCUCGAAGAUGGCACGUUCAUGGGCCACGGCGUAGGCUGGGGCACGUACCGCGACCCCGGCAAUUCGGGUUUCCCGGUGGACGACGCGUCCAUGGCACACUACUAUCAUUCCUGCGUCGAUCGCGAGUCCGGAGCCGACACCAACUGUACCAUGCAAUCGGGCAGCAAGUAUAUUCGAUGCGUCCGCGAUUGCGGACUCAUGAAAUGCGCCGACGAUGAGACCCAAGCCUGUUCCAAAAUAUUGGCGCAACACGACGGUGGUGCUUCUUUACUGGCACAGACGCAAGACUUCUCGACGCUCGAACCGGAUGUGGCCCAUUGCUUUCAACAACCCCAAACCACCAAAUGGUGUCGUCAAUAUGCCGUCGAACAAGCGACACAAGAGGAAACGCACGGAUUUAUUCCCCGCACGUACCAUUGCAACGAUGCCCGCGGGGCAUUGACCCAACAACCCGGUCGUGCCGUCGUGGGUGGAUUCUUGGCCGAUGCGGAUGAUCCCAAACUCGUGCUGGGAGAUUGCGAAUUUGAAAAUGGCGUUACCAAAGUCGAACGAUGGGAAGAAGGACCCUUUGUUUACUGCGGCGGCAUCGAUCCUCUCACACAACAACCCAAAAUUUGCGACAAUACAUUCGAUGGUGGUUAUCGAUCGCGGGAUUACGAUCCUCGCUAUAGGGGUUGGUACAUGGCCACGAAGGAAUCACAACUCCCCAAUUGGUCCGAACCCUAUCCAUUCUUUUCCAAUCUCGAUUUGGGCAUCACAUAUAGUCAUCCCAUUUACAGUUACGAUGAGCAAGGACGCUACAUGUUUGAAGGAGUCUUGGCGAUCGACUACACUUUUGUCGGAAUUGGAAACUUUCUCGUCGAUGGAUACGGCAGCGGCGAGUCCAAUACCAUUGUCGUUGUAUACGAAGUCAAUGAACCCAACUUUAUGGUCGCCUCCAGUACCGGACGCAAAGCCGCUACCAAAGUACUCGUCGAGGAUGAAACCAAACCGUGUUUCGAUGAUUCCGCACGCGAUUGCAAAGUCGUACGUGAAAGCAUGGCCAAUCUAAGGGGGGAUCCUUUGGAUACGCUCCUGGUCAAAGCAUACAACGAACAACGCGAUCAAGACUAUCCACGCGAACUAUUGACGAUUCGGGGCAAGAAACGCGCCGAUUAUUUGGCGAGUAGUGACAGUAGCAGUGAUGACAGUGAUCCAGACGACAACAACAGCAACAGCAACGAGGAAGAUGAUGAAGGCGAUGAAUUGUACAUUGUCCAGUCAUCGUUUUAUCGACCGGGUGGUGAUUUGGAAUGGAUCAUUCUGGUCAUUUCACCCGCAGGAAAGGGCGAUGCCGAUGCCGUUACCAAGGACAAUCCGCUCUUUGGAUUGAUCUGUGUCAUUGCAUCCAUGGGAUUCGUCCUAUGCUUUGUCAUGUUUGUCUUGUUUUAUAGAAAACGACACGAACGAGCCGUCAUUUUGGCCGAUUGGAGAUUCACGUCGGCAUUUCUGCUGGGAUGUGCACUCUUGAAUCUUUCCAGUUUUACCCUCUUGGGAGAAAACACGGAUGCGCUCUGUCUGGCCCGCAUGUGGUCCUUUCAUUUCCUUUUCGCAUUGGCAUUGUCGCCGUUGUUUGUCAAGGUCUGGCGCAUGUGGCGAAUGGUGGGAGCAGCCAAUCGACGACCGACCAUUGUCAACCACUCCACUGCCGCCUUGCUAUCCCUACCCAUUGUCGCCAUUUCCACUCUGAUUCUCUUCAUCUUUACAUUUGCCGAUCCACCACACCAAGAGGAGGUUAUCGAGAUCGAAGGAGGAAUCGUAACCCAGCAUGUCAUUUGUUCCACAAAUACCAAUGGCUUUAUGGUUAUCAUGACCCUUUUUGAAGCUGGAUUGAUCGUCACUGGAUGUAUUCUGGCCUAUGUGACGAGGAAUUUGGAUGCCCAGUUUGGAGAGGCGAAGCAGCUCAUGUUUUCCAUGUACAAUAUUGGUUUUAUCGGGAUUAUCACCACAAUUAUCAUCUACACCAUGGACAUUGAUGCAACUGGAGAGGUAGUCCUGUUGUCCAUUGCAGUCUUCUGGGCAACAGUGUUCAGCUCAGCAGCAUUUGUAAUGCCAAGGCUCAUGCGUGUCAAGGAGGAUAGGAAGCAAAACACACCCAUAACAAAAGCGUCCAAGUCGACUGCCAAGUCAAAGCCCUCAAACCUCCGAAACUCCAAGGUUCGUUUCAGCAUGGACGACGACAAAUCUAGUGGGGCCUCGGGAGAACAUAUUAAUAUCAACGGUGGUGUGUCCAUUGGAAGCGAAGCCCAGUCGCUUGCCACGGCGAAACAAUCGAAUCGAUCCCGUGAUUUCGAUGCACCACUCUCCUCCAUUGGAAACAGCUCUCAAAACAAUGGUGUUGCGCCGGAGGAGACUGCCAAAGUUCAAAAGGAAGACAACACUCGACGAUCUAUCAAAAUAUCCGUAUCGGAUAGCGUAACCUCUGGCUCUGGAUACUCGGAUUCCUUCAUCAAGGGCACCGGAUGGACCGUGUUUGAACAAACCGACGACAAUGGGCUGAUUGGUCGAUGGAGCGAAGCGGAAGAAGACGACGAGAUCGAAGAGAAGGAAGAGCCUUUGCUGGAUGUCGAAAAUAAUCGCAACACGAGCAUGAGCGGGUCAGUACGACAAGAGCACAGACCGAGCAUGGCAACAAUCGAAGAGGUGGACUUCUCAGAAUCGCUGCGGGAUGACUUCUCAGACGAUCAAGUGGCUCGACCCCCAUGA